AUGGACUUGACAGUCGAAGAAUGCAAAAUUCUAGUCUUUAUAGCUGGCAUUCCAGAAAAGGCGCUGGAUGUAAGGCAGAUAAGUCUGAGAUUUGUAGAAAAGUACGCGAAGUCGGAAGUCUGCACGUUGAAGACGUUGAUGGAGGAAGUUAGAAGUUAUCUGGCAAAUAAGUCAGAGGCGAAAAUGUUCGAUAGUCAGUCAAAGGUCAAGAGUGGACCUAAAGAGUAUGUUGAAGUAAAUAACGUUAGUCGGAUCGAACAUAGUCGGAGCAGACAGGCGAAACGUUCAAGAAUUAAGUCGAGGCAGAAAGAACGCCAAGUUGAAUCACGUCAGUGUUAUAAUUGUGGAAUAGUCGGACACAUUAGUCGAAAUUGUAGGAAACCAAAGAAAAGGUUUAAGCGAGUCGAUAGUCCAGAAGUAAAUCAAGUAGAAGUUGAUUCUUCAGUACCACAUAUUCUGACGAUAGAAGUCCCGAAGUUGACGGAGAGUAUCAGAAAGCAUAGUCGGAAAAAGAAUCGAAAAAGUAGAAAGUCGAAUAGUCCGAUGAUCGAUUCAAAGGAGACGACGAAGUCUUAG